AUGGAGACUAGCCCAGCCAGGCCAGGGCAGGGCAUAGCAGGCCAUUCCAACACAGGCCAGGGCAGGGCAGGCCAUUCUAACACAGGCCAGGGCAGUGAAGACCUGAGCAGUUCGGACCAAAGCAGUCUCACAUCCCUUGACUCCGCCUGUCUCGACUUUUGCAUUGAGCUGUUAAACCACCGAACUAAGGUCGAGGACUAUGAGAGCGCGCUUAUCUGCGCUAGCGCGGUGCUUGGACGUGGAGAGGCAGGCUGGGGUACUGCCCAGAGCUAUCCCCCAAUAUUAUCUAAAGUGAUUAAGAUUGCCCGGUUUAUGGUGGUCCAUAAAGCAUUAAAACUAGACCCAACGGCCGAGAAGAUGAUCCACCAACUAGCUACGCAUCAGAUGGCUGGCGAAUGGGAUACAGAGAGUCCGUUAGAUUCGCCUGAUUUCACGUUUCUAACGCAAACAACGGACGAUUCGUUUUACAACUUUGACAGUGGCCUAGAUCAGGGCACACCUCCGUCAUCGCACUUUAUUCAGUUUAGCCAGGGCCCACACACAGGGCCACAGGGAGCCAACGAUCAUUCCGGGAGUGGGUGA